AUGGGGAAUAAGCCGACCGUAGAAUUGGUCGCCGAUAAUCAAGUUGUUCCAAACAACGAUGACCGUCAGUACCGGGUUAUUCGUUUGGCCAACAAACUUGAAGUUAUGCUUGUUCACGACGACGACACAGAUUUGGCUAGUGCUUCUCUUGAUGUUCGUGUAGGUAGUCAUAGCAAUCCUAAGGAAUUACAAGGACUUGCCCACUUUUGUGAACAUUUGCUCUUUAUGGGUACGAAGAAAUACCCGGAAGAAGACGGCUAUAGACAGUACCUCCAUGCUCACAACGGUCUGUGCAAUGCAUAUACUGCUUGGAACGACACAAACUACUACUUCGAGGUUUCUCAUGAUGCUCUGUACGGUGCAUUGGACCGGUUUUCUCAAUUUUUUAUAAACCCUCUCUUUCUCGAGGAUUGCAGGGAGCGUGAGAUUCAUGCCGUUGACUCUGAACACCGUAAAAACCUACAAUCUGAUGUCUGGCGUCUUUGGCGUUUGUAUGGUUUCCUCUGCAACCCUGAUCAUGUAUUCAACAAGUUCAACACGGGUAACUUAGAGACGUUAGACGAAAUCCCCAAAAAGCUUGGUCUUGAUGUUCGUGAAGAGCUUAUCAAAUUUUACAAUAAAUAUUAUUCCGCCAACCUCAUGAAGCUCGCAGUUGUUGGCCGCGAACCAUUGGACACACUUCAAGAUUGGGUCGUGGAGUUUUUCUCAGACAUUGCCAACAAGGAUGUUCCUAUCCCGAAGCAUGAUGGACCAUUGUACACUCCUGAACAGCUUGGUCGCAUAUGCUUUGUUAAGCCAGUGAAGAACUUCCGUCGCCUUGACCUUAUCUUCCCUAUACCUGGACAAUAUCGGAAUUAUCGCAGUCGUCCAGCGGAUUAUGUGUGUCAUUUACUCGGUCACGAAGGUGAGGGAUCUUAUCUUGCAUUUUUGAAGCAGCAAGGUUGGGCUACCUCUUUGUUUGCUAGUUCUGUUCGUAUUACGGAUGAUGCAGAAAUCAUCAUUGUAUCGGCUGUAUUGACAGAGAUGGGUGUGGAUCGUUACCGUGAUGUUAUUUGCGCACUUUUUGAGUAUGUGCAAUUAUUAAAACAUACAACUGCACAUUCUUUCUUAUUUGAAGAAUGUCGCAUCCUGUCCGAAGCUCAAUUCAAAACCCGCCAAAAGAGCCCGGCUGCCCGUUUUGCGCACACGGUGGCUAACCAAAUGCAUGAAGCCUACCCACGGGAUAAGAUUAUGUAUUGCGCUGAUGCCCUUACAGGUUUCGAACCCGAAGAGCUUCAGAAGGUGUUCGACAGUCUCGAUGCAUAUAAUUUCUUUGCUGUGUUGGUUUGUCAUUCUCUGGCAAACAAGUGUGAUGCUCGAGAGAAACACUAUGGUACUGAGUACCACAUAAGUCAAAUUGAGCCAGACUUUCUUGAAUCGUUAAAAAAUUGCAAGCCAAACAGUUCCCUGCACCUUCCUUUGCCCAAUGAGUUUAUUCCGUGGUCGUUGGAAAUUGAGAAGGUCCCAGUUGAACAGAAGCGAAAGGAACCUGAUUUGAUCCGCAAUGAUGAAUACGUACGACUCUGGCAUAAAAAGGAUGACACCUUUUGGGUGCCUAAGGCAAAUGUUUAUAUUCAAUUCGUUACACCUAUUAUCAAAGCAUCACCGAAAUCGAAUGUGAUUGCUAGUCUUUAUGUGCGUCUGGUGGAGGAUGCUAUGAACGAGUUUGCCUACCCCGCUGAAAUUGCCGGAUUAACGUUUUCUCUCCAGUGCAGCUCUCGUGGCCUUAUUCUUUCGCUAAAUGGAUUUACGGACAAGCUUCAUGUUCUGUUGGAAAAAGUGGUCUCCAGCAUGCGGAAUCUCAGAAUCCAUACUCAACGAUUUGCAAACAUCAAGAACCGUUAUGAACAAGAAUUACGCGAUUUUGGAACAAUGGAUGCAUACUCUCGUUCCAACAUGGUGCUUACAUGCCUGACGGAACCGAAUGUUUGGUCAAACGAAGAGUUGUGUCAGGUUGCGCCUGAAGUUACACAACAGGAUGUGGAAGAUUUUGUUACCGCGUUUACUGGUCAAUUCUUCAUGGAGUCUUUGGUGCAUGGUAACUUUACAAAGGAGGACGCACUGGAAUUGAUCGAAGGUGUUUUUGAUCAAUUCCAACCAAAGCCGUUGUUUGUCUCGCAACUUGCAAGAAAACGUGUCGUUGUAUUGCCGAAGGGCAGCAAUUACUGUUAUACUGCUCGUGUACCUAACAAGGACGACAUUAACUCUGGUAUCAUGUACUAUAUUCAAAUUGCCGAUCUGGGCGAUCAACGCGCAGGUGCUUACACUCGUCUCAUGCGUCAAAUUAUGAAGGAACCUACGUUCUCUAUUUUGCGUACGAAGGAGCAACUAGGAUAUAUUGUCUUUACUCUGCUCCGUCAAUCUUCGCCUUAUGUUGGUUUAAGUAUAUUUGUUCAAAGUGAACGUAGUCCCGUAUACUUGGAGCAUCGUAUUAGAGCACUGUUAGACGUUUUGUAUGAACAGUUGUUGAACAUGCCUGAACAGGAGAUCGAAGAGCAUAAGUCCAGUCUUAUCAGUUUCAUGUUAGAGAAGCCCACAAAUUUGCGGGAAGAGAGUGGAACAUAUUGGUCUCGUGUUUGCGAUGGAUUUUAUGAUUACCGUCGUUUAGACAAGCAGAUUGAUGUGGUCGGAAAGGCUACGAAGCAAGACUUGUGUGAUUUCUUUAGAGACUACAUUCACUACAACGGACGGAAUUGUGCUAAGCUUUCUGUUCACGUCCAUUCACAAAAAUGUGCGGAGCAAGUUGAUCCUGUUCCUGCAGCCGUGGAAGUCAAGAACAAAUUCCUGUUUAGAGAAAGCUUGGGUCUUAGCCAAGCUGCCUAUCCUGUCUCGCCGUAUGAGGACAUCAACGAGGCGCUUUUGGUUUCUAAUCCCUUCAACGUCUAA